CUCAAACCUACGGUACGAUUUUGGUACAAACCGAAGAAAAAUUCCGCAGGAGAACUGCAAAGUGCAAACUACAAAGCCUGAGAGAGAAGAGCGAUUGAACAACCAAUGAAAGAGCUAAACCCCAACAUCAACACCCAACAAAACCCUGAAAUCCUGCAUGAAAACUGCGACCCACUUCGUCAAUCUUGUGCUUCAGCCCAAGAUUUCAAGAUUGAACAUAAACAGCUGAAAGAUGAAGAACCAGAACACGAGGAAGAAGAAUUGAGAAGGCUUUUGUUGCCAAAUGUGGAGGAAUUGCCCGACAUUCCUCCCUCUGCUGUGGAAGCCAAUUUUUCAACUUCUUUUGCUCUUGAUUUUAUGAAGCCUGGUCAUGAUCAGUAUGUUCAUCGCCAUGCCAAUGGGUUGUGUGUGAUUGGGUUGGCUCCGACUCAUGUGGCAUUUAAGGACAAAGGGGGAAUAACUGCAGUUGAUUUCAAUGUUGGCAAGUCUGAUCGCAGCGGAAUUAAAGUGACUGGAAAGCGAAAAAAGAAUGCGCAACUUUUUGAGUCCAACACAGCAUUGUGUAAAGUGUGCACCAGUGAUUCUUCCUACAUAGUGAGGUGCUGUGUGAAGGGCUCUCUAUUGGAAGUCAAUGAUAGGCUAAUAAAGCAGCCAGAAUUGCUUAACACUAUGCCAGAGCGGGAGGGAUACAUUGCGAUUAUGAUGCCAAAACCCGCGGACUGGCUAAAGGCAAAGGCUUCGUUGCUGAGCUUAGAAGAGUAUAAAAAGUUGAGAGCGGAGCUCUGACUCGUUUCAGCUGGUGCCCGACGGAUGCUUGCUGCUCUUCACAAGAACACAUACAUUAUCCGAUUAGCAGUAAGUCUUGAGCCUUGAGGGCUCUGUUGCCAUAGUUUUGCAUUUUAGUAGAAUUUUUGAAAAUCAUGUGAUGAUUUUUACUUUGUCUGAUGAUUUAAUAAAAGAGAAAUAGAUCAGUUUGGAGAAA